UACUUCGAGUUCCGCACCUACUGCAAGGGCCGCUGGGUGGGCCGCAGCCUCCUGCACGUCUUCAGCACCGAGUUCCGCGCUCAGCCCCUCGCCUACUACCGCGCUGCCGCCCGCGCCGGCCGCCUCCGCCUCAACGAGGAGCCGGUGCGUGACCUGGACAUCGUGCUGAAGAACAAUGAUUUUCUCAGGAACACGGUCCAUCGCCAUGAGCCACCGGUGACCGCCCAGCCCAUCCAGAUCUUGGUGGAGGACGAUGAGGUGGUGGUGGUGGACAAACCCUCCUCUCUGCCGGUCCAUCCCUGCGGCAGGUUUCGUCACAACACGGUUAUCUUCAUCCUGGGCAAGGAGCACGAUCUGAAGGAGCUACACACCGUUCACCGGCUGGAUCGCAUGACCUCGGGGGUGCUCAUGUUCGCCAAGACCGCAGCCGUGUCCAAGAGGAUCGAUGAGCAGGUUCGGGAGAGGCAGCUGGAGAAGGAGUACGUCUGUCGCGUGGUGGGGGAGUUCCCAGAGCACCAAGUGGUCUGUGAAGAGCCCAUCCUGGUUGUUUCUUACAAAGUGGGGGUGUGUCGUGUGGACCCCAAAGGGAAAUUCUGCCAAACCAUCUUCCAGAGACUCAGUUACAACGGCAGCACCAGCGUAGUCAAGUGUCUUCCGCGUACGGGCCGCACGCACCAGAUCCGGGUCCAUCUGCAGUACCUGGGACAUCCCAUCGUCAACGACCCCAUCUACAACAUGGCAGCUUGGGGCCCUGCCCGGGGCAAGGGUGGCAAGGUCGAUAAAACAGAUGAAGAACUGCUGAAGGCACUCGUAGAGGAGCAUCGUUCCAAACAGAGCCUGGAUAUCUUGGGCAUUUCAGAAGAGGACUUGAGCUCCAGCGCUGACAAUAAAGACCCUGGUCAUGCAGGUGGCUGCGCAAAGUCUGCGCAGGCUGAUCCUGUCCAUGAGGACCCCGAGAGAAAGGAGUCAGCAGCUUGUCCACUGAACUCUGAUUCCAACCUGGAAACGCUUGAAAACAAUAAGGAACUUGUUUCCUGUGAGGAUCAGGACGGGCAGACGGGAGAAGGGAGUUCAGGAGAGAAGGACCCGUUGUGCCUGGAGUGUAGAACGAGCAGGCGGGACCCGUCUCCCAGGGAGCUGGUGAUGUUCCUGCACGCCUUGCGCUACAAGGGAGCGGGCUUUGAGUACUGCUCCAGGAUGCCCGAGUGGGCGAUGGAGGACUGGGAGGAGUGA